AUGUGGGGCCUUUUUAAUCAGGAAACAGUAAGAGGAGGUGGAGGGACCAGAGCCCGUAAUCAAGAGGAGUUUGAGGAGGAAAAAGACGUCGUUAUUCCUUCGCCACAACGAUUACAAGAUGCGCCGCGGUCACCACCACCACGAACGCCGAGAGUGCAACAAACCCCAUUUAUGCAAAUGAAAAUGAGAAGAAAAGUGUCGAUGGGGUUAUUGAAUGAAGAUAUGGAAAUCGCACGUCAAGAAUUAGACAAAGCACAGCCGGACCAGGCUAUUCUCACUCGGAAGCUACAGACUAUUCAACAGUUGACAGAAGAAGCAGAGCACUACGCGGGUCAAGUUCUCGACCACUACGUAUUACAGAAUUUGGAAGAUAAGUAUCGACAAAGCAGAAAGAAGUGGCGAGAGAUCAAUGAGAGUUCAGUAGAGAUGAUUCUGCGGAUCAAGACUGCGAUUUCAACUCCCAGUCGACCGGAAUCGCCCGUCGGAAGUGCAAAUUCGAGUGGAGGUGAAAGAAGAGUGAAGCUGCCCAAAUGCAAUUUACAGAAGUUCGACGGGAAGAUGAGAAGCUGGCUCGGGUGGUGGGCACACUAUGAGUUAAUUCAUAAGGACCAGUCAUUAUCAAUUCCCGACAAAUUCCGAUACCUCGUCGAGUCCAUGGAAAGUGGAACGGAAGCAGCAGAAAUCGUAGGAAGUUUCCCAAAGACCCCUCAAAAUUACCAGAAAGCCGUCGACAUGUUAACACAGAAGUAUGGAAAGAAGGAGAUGCUGGUUGCAAUGUACAUGACAGAUUUGGCCGAGCUACUAUUCAGUAAGGAGAAGAGUUCGAUUUCGAAAUUCUUCAUGGCUCUCCAAACUCAACUGCAGAAUUUGGAGUCACUUGGUGUGAAGUCGGAAGAGUCGUCGCCAUAUCUACUCCCCAUGAUCGUGAAGAGUUUGCCGAAGGAGACGCUCGCCACGUGGUUUCGUUCUCAUUUCUCAAAGGUGGAGGGGUCAACUCUCGUCCCCCCGAAGUCAAAAUUGGAAUGUUUAUUGGAUUUUUUGAGAGAUGAGAUGGAGAGCGAAUGGAAGAUUGAGAUGACGAGCGGGGAGAAAGAGAAGAAGAAAGUUGGGCAACGACAAUCUCCGAAGAAGUCAGGCCACGAAGAAGAGAUCGCAACUGCAGCAGGGCUCGUGUCAAUUACAAGUCAGAGGUCGAGUCAAUGUAUAUUUUGUGGAAAGAGUCACGCCAGCAAUUUAUUUUAUGCGGCUCAGAAGAUGAGUUAUAAGGAAAAGGAGGGAAGAAUACGUGAGAAGAGAGGGUGCUUCACAUGCUUCAGAUUUGGACAUCGAGCGGCCGCGUGCAAAGCAAAGAUAGAAUGCGGAAUUUGUAGAAGACGUCAUCAUAGUAUCAUGUGCUAUGAGCAUCCUUCAAACAGAAAUAUGGAAGUAAAUAGAGCAAUGAAGGAUGAUAAAAGUCAGGAAGAAUUUGGAGGACUACAAACCGAGACAUCAAGCGCCAUGGCGAGUCAAGAGUGUUCGGGUGCAGUACUCUCAAGAACUUUGUUGCUGUAUGGAUAUCUAAAGGCGUACGAUUUGGCUAAUCGGGUCAAUGACGUGGUUCAAAUGUACCGUAUGCUCACCAUCUUGGAGGUCAUGCUGAACGAAUGUGUUCAAAAUAGAAUCAUGCUCCUCCUCACAUUUGCGGGACCAUUGGUUCAAACCUUCUCGAUCUAUGCCCUCAUCGCCUUCCGAGUGAAACUUGGAGUCCUGGACCUCCUACUGUUCAGUUUGUUGACGGCGGAUGCUUUCACUCUAAAUCUGCUUAUGUUCCAGGCAGCCGCCAUGGUGAACGUGAGGUCGAAGGAAAUCGUGGACAUGUGGAAGUAUUGGAAACCACGUAGCGGACAAAAGAAGGAACGCAGUGUAACGAGAUGCUUUAAAUCGUUGAGACCUCUGCAGAUCAAAUUUGGAAACAAUUUCGCCGAGAGGACGACCUUCCUCAAAGUGCAGGAUUAUUGUUUGAACCAAACUGCGUCAUUGCUCGUCAUCACGAAAGCAUAA